AUGGAAUCAAUGGGUCGUGUUGUUGGAUUGGGAAUGGAGAUCUUAAACCAAUCUAACUACCGGUUAUGGAAGUCAUGUAUGGAGUCAUACUUGGUGAGUGAGGACUUAUGGGAUGUCGUCGGCGGCAGUAGCACCACACCACCAAUGGGAGCUGCUGCGACAGCGGAAGCGACAAAGGAAUGGACACGGAAGAAUGCCAAGGCGGAGUUUGCAUUGAAGAGGUCAAUAUCCUCGGGAGUAUUUGAGCAUGUCUCAAGGUGCACAUCCGCUAGUUCCAUUUGGCAAGCGUUGGACCAACUGUUCAACAAGAAGAAUGAGGCUCGUCUACAACUGUUAGAGAACGAGUUGGCGAAUGCGAAGCAGGGGGAGUCUUCAAUCUCAGAGUUCUUCAUCAAGGUAAAGAACCUUUGCUCUGAGAUUAACACUCUUAAUCCGGAGGAGUCUAUUUCGGAAGCUCGGUUAAAGCGGUCUAUUAUUCGUGGUUUACGACCCGAAUAUACACCGUUUGUGACUUCCGUUCAAGGAUGGGCUACACAACCUUCCUUGGAGGAGUUUGAAAAUCUGCUAGCUUCGCAAGAAUCCUUAGCCACGCAAAUGGCGGGAGUCAAAAUCCAUGAUGACUCGGGGAGCGCUUUUGUAGCUCGGAGGCAACAGAGCUACAAAGGAAAAACCAAGAAUGAUGGUGUAAAGAAUAAUGAUGGACGGGAAAGAUCUUCUACGGGAGACAAGAAGCAGUUCAAGUGUUACCGGUGUGGAAAGCUUGGGCAUUUCAAAAAGGACUGUCGGGUCAAGCUGAAGGAAACCAAUAUGGCGGAAUCAAAAAGUCAUACUGAAGACGAAGAUUGGGGGAAAUGUUUCACGGUGGAGGCUGCAUCUUCAGGUACAUCCACAACUAAAAAUCUUGGAAAUGAUUGGAUUGUGGAUUCGGGUUGUAGCCAUCAUAUUACCGGAAACGAGAAGUUAUUUUCUAGUCUUCAACGUCAUGACGGGAAAGAAGCUAUUAUCACUGCGGAUAAUUCAAUCCACCGGGUUGAGAAGGAAGGGACUAUUGUUAUUGAAGGAGAAGAAGGAGGCCCAAUCACUCUCAAGAACGUAUACCAUGUCCCUGGAGUUAAGAAGAAUCUUCUUUCCGUGGUGAAUGCGGUGGACUCAGGUAACUACGUUUUAUUUGGACCAAAAGACGUUAAAUUCUUGAAGAAUAUUCAAGAGUUAAAGGCGGACGUAGUUCACACCGGAGCACGGGUUAAAGAUCUUUAUGUCUUAUCGGCCUCAAAUUCGUACAUUGAGAAGAUGAGUACGAAUGAUAAUGCUUUUAUUUGGCAUGCUAGGCUUGGCCAUAUAAAUAUGACUAAGCUGAAGGCUAUGGUGAAUAAAGAUCUGGUUAAUGGGCUCCCAAAGUUGAAGAUUCAAGAUGAAGGAAAGCUUUGUGAAGGUUGUCAAUAUGGAAAAUCACAUAGACUUCCAUUUGACAAUUCUACUUCACGAUGCAAUGCUCCGUUGGAGAGGAUCCAUAGUGAUUUGAUGGGUCCGACGAGAACAUCCUCCUAUUCCGGGUUCCGCUACAUGCUGUUGUUCGUUGAUGAUUACUCACGGUACACCUGGGUAUACUUUGUGAAGGAAAAGUCAGAAGUAUUCUCCAAGUUUCAAGAAUUCAAGGUUACCGUGGAAGGAGAGUUGGGUCGGAAAAUCAAGACCUUAAGGACGGAUAAUGGAGGGGAGUUUAUGUCAAACGAGUUUCUCUCUUUCUGCCGAAAGCAUGGUAUCAAGAGAGAAUUUUCAUGUCCAUACACACCUCAACAAAAUGGAGUAGCAGAAAGGAAGAUAAGGCAUCUAAGUGAGACGUGUAGAAGCUGGCUACAUGCGAAGAAUUUGCCUAAGGCUCUAUGGGCAGAAGGGAUGAGAUGUGCAGCCUAUGACAUCAAUCGGAUGCCGCUUAGUCCAAAUAAUAUGAAGUCUCCUUAUGAGAUGGUUCAUGGGAAGAAGCCAACAGUGAAACAUCUCAGGAUAUUUGGAUCUAUCUGCUAUGUCCAUGUGUUCGACUCUCAAAGAACCAAGCUGGAGGCAAAGGCGAAAAAGUGCAUCUUUGUCGGCUAUGAUGAACAGAGGAAGAGGAGGAGGAAGAUCAUGGUUCCUUGGCUAAUCAACGACCAAAACGGGACAUCGUUAAACCUGCUCGGUACAGAGAUGAAAGCAAAAGGAGUUAAAGAGUGGGAGACCGCAAUGAAGGAGGAGAUGGAUGCUCUAAAGAAAAAUGAAACUUGGGAUUUGGUUCCAAAACCCAAGGAUGUCCAACCCGUCUCAUGCAAAUGGGUGUACCGGAUCAAGCGUAAGAGGGAUGGAAACAUUGAUAGACACAAAGCAAGAUUGGUUGCUCGGGGAUUUUCUCAGAAGUAUGGAGAAGACUAUGAUGAGACUUUCAGUCCAGUGGCGAAGAUGACUACGGUACGUACACUCUUAUCUUUAGCUGCAAGCUUUGGCUGGAAGUUAUGGUAG